CUGGUAUAUAACGCUGACUCUCUUCUUUAUUUCCACCUGCGACAACCCUAUUUUCUCUCUCUACUCUCUCUCUACCUGUUAUUUGAAUAUCUAGGCGCAUCUCUACCUUCAAAACACACCAACAAAUGGCGGAUCAGCUCACAGAUGACCAGAUCUCUGAGUUCAAGGAAGCCUUCAGCCUAUUUGAUAAGGAUGGGGACGGUUGCAUCACCACAAAAGAGCUUGGAACUGUGAUGAGAUCCCUAGGGCAGAAUCCCACGGAGGCUGAACUCCAGGACAUGAUAAACGAAGUUGAUGCUGAUGGCAACGGAACCAUUGAUUUCCCAGAAUUUCUAAACCUGAUGGCAAGAAAGAUGAAGGAUACAGACUCAGAGGAGGAACUGAAGGAAGCAUUCAGAGUUUUCGACAAGGAUCAGAACGGCUUCAUUUCUGCUGCGGAGCUGCGUCACGUGAUGACGAAUCUCGGGGAGAAGCUGACCGAUGAAGAAGUGGAUGAGAUGAUCCGGGAGGCGGAUGUGGAUGGCGAUGGGCAAAUCAACUAUGAGGAGUUCGUUAAGGUUAUGAUGGCCAAGUAAUAACCCGAUGAGAUCUGUUUCGUAUUAGUAUUAUUUCCAAGGACAAAAAGGGUUAACAAACAGUAUUAACCAUCUUUUUUUCUGAAAUGGGUUUGGGAAAACAAAAAGGAUGAUUAUUCAAUGGAACCCUUAAAUCAUGUUUAAUUAUGUAUCUUUGACACUUCCCCUCUUGUAAUGCUUUUUGGUAUCCUAACCUGCAAAUUGCGACUCUAUUGUCCUUUUCUA